AGUCGCUCCGCGUUGCGCGCUGGAUAUGGAUCAGGACUCUGCGCGCUUCCCCACUGUCUCCCGCGGACAGGCUGCACUCUGCGGCGCAUAAAAGGUGCCCAAAUGAACCGCCGCCCUCCCGGCUCCUCCGGCGUGCAAUGGCUUAACAGGAGAGACAUGAAUGUCCGGACGGAUGACAGCGUCACUCUGUGCCAAAGGGCUCUCCAAAUCGUUACGGAACUUUGUCUCGCGGGACACGUAGACCGGGAGAAAUGUUCGGAUAUAUUCCCCCUUGAGAGCAACAUACCAGGUAAAGGACACGCAGACAUCUCAAUUAGUCUCCUUGCUGUGGUCGUGGGUUUCUGUGGCCUCGCCCUGUUGGUAGUCUCUCUCUUUGUUUUUUGGAAGCUGUGUUGGCCCAUUUGGAGGAGCAAGGCUCUCUCAGCCCACGCGGAAAAUGUGCUCCAUGGGGGUUUCCCCGAGGCGCCUCCACCCAACUCCCCGCCAAUCACUGAGUGUAAAGUGGCAGAGGUGGAAAAGAAGCAGCUGCCUGAAGUGAAGGUGAAUGGACGGAGCUCUGUUAAGCUACUGGAGGCGGCCAUGAAGAUCAGCCAGACAUCUCCAGACAUCCCUGCUGAGGUGCAGACAGCUCUGAGGGAGAAGCUCAGCCAGCAGGCUAAAAUCCAGAGGCAGACCACUGAGCCAACCUCCUCCUCCAGGCACAAUUCAUUCAGGCGCCACUUGCCUCGUCAGAAGAAUGUCACCAGUGUUGACUUCACCAUGGACACAGUACCUCUCCGCCAGUCCUCUACUGUCAGCAUUGGAAGAAUAAAACCUGAACUCUACAAGCAGAAGUCUGUGGACUCAGAAGAGGCCAAAGAGCCUGUGGAGACUUGCGGAAAGCUCAGCUUCUCGCUUCGUUAUGACUACGAGGAGCAGGCUUUGGUGGUGAGAAUUCUGAAGGCCUUGGACCUGCCUGCCAAAGACUUCACAGGCACCUCUGAUCCAUACGUGAAGAUCUACCUGCUACCCGAGAGAAAGAAGAAGUUCCAGACUCGUGUCCACCGCAAGAAUCUGAACCCCACAUUUGAUGAGACCUUCUGUUUCCCCGUGCCAUACGAUGAGCUUUGCAACCGCAAGCUGCAUUUCAGCGUCUACGACUUUGACCGAUUCACCAGCCACGAUAUGAUUGGCGAGGUGGUGGUGGACAACCUCUUUGAACUCUCGGAUCUUUCCAGGGAGGCAGUAGUUUGGAAAGAUAUUCAUGCAGCAACCACAGAGAGUAUUGAUUUGGGAGAGAUCAUGUACUCGUUGUGCUACCUCCCCACAGCAGGGAGAAUGACCCUAACAGUUAUCAAAUGCAGAAACCUCAAAGCCAUGGACAUCACAGGCUCUUCAGAUCCCUAUGUGAAGGUCUACCUGAUGUGUGAUGGACGGAGGUUAAAGAAGCGAAAAACAACAAUUAAGAAAAGCACACUAAAUCCAACGUACAACGAGGCUAUCAUCUUCGAUAUUCCCCCGGAGAAUGUGGAACAAGUCAGUCUGUCCAUUAUGGUCAUGGAUUAUGAUCGUGUUGGACACAAUGAGGUGAUUGGUGUGUGUCGCACGGGGCCAGAUGCUGAAGGUCUUGGACGAGAUCACUGGAACGAAAUGUUGGCUUACCCACGGAAGCCCAUCACGCACUGGCACGCUCUGGGAGAGGAAAACACAGUGGCCUGGAAGGGCAGCAAGCUUUGAAAGUCAGGGUUCAUGUCCUUCGCCCAAACCUCCACAAACACCCUGAUGAUCACAGCUGGAGUGCCAACAUCACCUCUGUAAGAAACCAGAUGUUUGUUUUUCUGACAAGCUACGUUGCCUAUCACUUUCUUGAGAGGAUUGAAUUCAUUACUGUGUUUCUAUGUUUGUACCAAAAUUGUAUUUAUUCAUUUGAAUGCAAAUUCUUCAAGUGCUCUACAGAGAUGGCUAUGCACAGCACUCACAGUCAUUCAGUUUGCUUUUCAUACAUGUGCUUUGGAAACUUAUCUGAAACAUUUACACAGACCACAUGAAUGGCAGGGCCUCACUGCAAGAGGUCGUGGUGGUUCUCUUGCAGCGGUAUGAGUCUUUUCAGUAUUGGAGCAACAUUAUUCCAGCCCUCAAGCUCUUUAGCGUGUUACCAUUUUAGUUUGAAAUGGCACAAAGUUUAAGGGCUAUGCUGCUCAGUACCAUAAAAACAUUUACUUGAUGAUAAAACGAGUGAGUCUAAGUUGUGAUUGGAGAAUGCAGGUAAUUGAGCCUUUACGGUACAAGGGCUGAGAAAUCUCAGUAAACCCAUUCACAGUCCAUUCCAGUCACAGUUAUCACAGAUAUGUAAAACAGAACAGCCAUCAAUCUGCAGGACUCUCAUAUCUGGGAAAGCAGUGGCAGACUCAUGUAGCAUACAGUAUGUACAGACAGAUAAUCAAAUUAAAGUGUGUCUCAAAGAAUUCCACAUAUUUUUUUUAAUCUGGCCAUUAUGAAAUGACAAAUUCAUGUUUAUUUUUUGUACACACAGAACAACUUUAGGUCAUAGUUGCAAAAAUAACCAGCAGUAUUAUUUAGAAAAUGUUAAACUUACCCAGCAAUUAAUCCAGUAACACUGAUGCUGACAUUCCCAUGGUCAAUAUUGUAGCGUGUUUACUUUACAGGUCUAAACACCUGGAGAUGGUGGUUGUUGUGAAUUGGGAGAUUUGGCAGUUCAUCCCCAAUCUAAUGUUCAUGCAACCACGGGCAAGUUUUCAACACACAUCUCUUAGUCCUCAAUGUAAAAUCAUUUUCUUGUGCAACAUUAAAAAUGUUUUGUCUUUAUUAAAUACAUAAUAACACAUAGCGAACAGAAUACCACUAUAUUAACAGUCAUGAUCAGGCAAACUAGCUCUACACUGGAGUGCAAGAAUAAUGCCACAUCCACAGCAUGUAUCAUAAAUUCAUAAGGUUGCUAAUUUUUUGCUUGGGAGAUGGUGCUUUAGCUACAGUUUUUUAGCAUUCAAGUACACAUUUAGGAUGCCUACACUAUGCUGACACAGAAAACAAAGAGACGCAUAUUUUAAAGAGACGCAUAGCUAGCUUAGUUAACAAGCUAGCUGUAGCCACAGACGGUAUUAAAAGAUGAACUAGCUGCUGUGACUGGUUGGCAAAGUCUAGCUAUGAAGCCUCAAGGUUUACAGUCUUGGUGCUCUGAAACCAGAUAUGAAACGCACUCAUUGUGAUUGCCAUUGAAUUCAAAGUUAAGGGGCAUGUCCUGGAUAAUCCUGUGGGUAGUGACCCAAAGAAUGAGAUCAUGGAUACAAGUGGUGGAAAUGAGAUUCUUCUUAAAGAUGUUUGAGCUCUCCCUUAAGAGCCAUCCACACAGGAAGCAGGAAGCAACUUUGUUGCUGAUGGUUGGUCAAUAGAGGACACUCCAGACUCUGGUUGCAAAAAGGACAACCAUUUCUUUUUUCAGUCAAAAGUAUCCUUCAAUGUCGUUUGCAAUCACUUCUGUCACACACCUCAAACUUGGAAAAAGUUUGAAUUGGGACCAGCCUACUUCAUGUUGCCCAUCGUUUAUAGUCGCUGAAUGUCACUGAUCUUUGGUCAUCCCUGUUAGUUUCUCCUUGUGUGAAUGCCCCCUUAGAUAUAGGGCAAGGAGCUCAGUCAGUUGACAGAGUUAGUGUAAAGCCUCUACUCUUAAUCAAAAGGAAGCACUUUCGAUGUGUUUCGGGGAUGUCCAACUGGGGUGGGGGGACCCUGGGGCAGACUGAGGACACAGUGGAGAGUUUAUGUCUCUCAGCUGGCUUGGGUAUCCCUCUGUGUUUCUCCAAAGGAGCCAGAAAAGGUGGACUACUGCCCCUACAACCCAGAUAAGCAGCAGAAAAUGGAUGGAUGGACAGACAUGAAACCCUGAAAUUACAAAAUGGCCUUCAUAAAAUGUUUACUAUGACCUUAAACUAGCCAUUUACCCCAUAAAGUCAUUAGAAAAGUGUUUAAUGAAGUCACAAAGUGAGCCAAGGGUCAGUUUCCCAUAGACUCUGAUAUAACUGGAAGUCUUUUUGCAGUCUGAGGACUCACCCCUGCUGCCCAGACUGCACUUUUCAGACCAUGAAGCCACAUUCGUGGUUUAUACUGACUACGGCUACAGAUGAGAAAUUCUGCUGGUGGCAGUGUUUCUCAGUGUUUCAGGUGACAAAAACAAAACUUGCAAAUUUAAUUAGCUCAACAGGUAUAACAAUUAGCAAAGUGUUACUGAACAGUUAAUUUAGUAAAAAAAAAACACAAAGUAGAUUAUAAUAAACAGUGACACACACACAUUCAAAUAUUUGCAAAUGUGAAUAUUUUUUACAAUAUUUUAUAUUUUUGAGCCACAUGAAAUAAUAAGUCAGCACAUCAAACAUAACAUGAACUCAGAUUCUCCUGUGAGUAAUAAGAAACUAAUAAGAACGCAACAUAGCAAAUAGAAAAAGGCUAUGUACUGUUAUCUUACUUGCACAUGCAGUUAAUGAUGCUCUUUUGCCCAUGCUCUGUCCUCAGUAUUAAAAAAAAUGAAUAUUUUUACUUGUAGCAUGCCUGUCUCCAUUAAAAAAAAAAAAAAAACACUUAUUGGGGAAAACAUGAAUAUGUCAGAGUAUUUCAAAUUAAAAGUUUGUGUUUACAGUUGUGUAUAUACUUAUCAAUGGCACUUUUGUUUGUAUAUAUUGAAAA